AACAACGCUGGCUUAUGGCUCUACGAACAAGGAAGAAGAUCUGGCGCACGUGCGUUUGGCAAGAUCGGCUCUGCAGUGGAUUUCUUCCAUCUCUCUCGGUGACUGCUUGCUUUCAACUCGUUUAGAGCUAUCCAAAAUCAGUCUAAUCUACUGAAAACAGUUUUCGUCGGGACAGCGGCGAUACCUGUUCUACACUUCGUCGUUUGAGGUUUCCACCCCUGGCACGUGUGCACUUCGUGCGCCACCAUGCGCAGUAACCAGGACAGCAGCAUCUCGGCCCCGUGCACGUUGCCUGCCCGUCUGGAGGAACGCAGAAUGAAGUCCCGCAAGUCUUGUGGAGACGCUGGCAAGUCUUCUCAUUCAGAGGGAUCCCCGAAGCGGAAGAAGGGUUUGAAAAACUUCUUCUGGGGAAGUUCACGAGGAAGCCACUCAAGCAAGAGCCGAAAAGAGCUCAUCAAGGAAAUAAUUCAACUCAAAAGGGAAAACGCGAAGUUAGAACAGGAGUGCACGUACACGAAGCUGAUCUAUUCGGAGCUGAAGCAAGAACGACUGGUUGAAAUGGAAAGAACGUCCAAGGGUCGUGCCAGGAGGAAGAGGAUCCUGGCUGCCAAGUUAGCAGCUGUCCAAAACAUUGGCGGGCGCGUUAUAAACCCUCAGAAGAGGAACACAGACAGCACCGAUUCGUCCUUCGGAAUACAAGAGGGGUCGUUACAUUAUGAUGAAACUUCACUUCGUGAGGUGAAACCCGGAGAACCAGCGAAUUGUUUGAAGAAAUCGCAAUCCCAUGAACCAUCACAACAUCCGCGAUCGCAAAAUGCACGCAAAGGAACAAGUUCUCGCAACCAAUCAUUUGUCCGAAUUAAGCAUCCGAGCAAAAAAAUAAUCAUGGUGACGGCUGAGAGGAAGUCUCCUGAAGACAUAUCAGACAUUGAUUACGAGCACGAAGGGAUGAUUAUCCGCAAGUCGACCGGUCGCAGCAGAGAAAAAAUUAGUGUAACGAGCGUACAUUCGUCAGAUAGCAUGAAGUCAGACAAAAUAAAUGGUGCCGGCAUGGUCAUUGAUAGCACUGCCGGCGAUCACACAGAGCUGACACACGCACGCAAGGCUCAUAUGGAGAGCACAUUAGCGACUUCUGAAGCUGUUCUACGAGAAAAGGCGGACUCACACUUACAGCGUCCAACAUACCGCUUUGAUACAAAGCCACAUGAUAGGCGUACUAAACGCCACGAUCUAAAGAGCAAUACUACGGUAAUAGACAAGGGAUCAUCUGCAGUUGUGGAAGACAGCACUGUAGAGGUGAAAAGCGCUCUUCCCAGUGACGUCCAGAUCUCCUCCAAAUCAGACACGGAACCCCUUCAACGGGAGAUUUGUGCAAGUGAGGAGAAACAGAAAAUUGAGGUUAGAAUUUCCGAAGAAGCAUCACUAGGAAAGAGUCGUUCAGCAUCCAAGUCUUUAGUGGCAAAAAGACUGGGAGAAUCACGCACAGCGGAUGCGACACCGCCGUGCAGUGGCGCAGACAAGAUGUGUUUUUCUCAACCGCUCACAGCAAACAGCCUUCGUUCGUCACGAAGUGUGGGUGUCGAAAAGACAGCGGCGAGUCAGCUGAGUGUUUCGAGGAUAGCAUUCUUAAAUCGUCGCAUAUUUUCAUCGAAGACUAUGGACGAUUUAACGACAUCAAAAAUUGGUUCAUCCUUGCACCGUCGAAUAGCGUCAGAUACAACACCGCGGGUAGCAGGUUCCAUUGUCAAUAAGGCUAAAGGUGGGGAUGAAGUUAGGGAAAAACAAAUCAUUGGAAUGAAGGCCGUUAUGUCGGAGCUCAAACAACGGAUUGGUUCUGCAGAAUCCCCGAUCUGCGCACGCAGUAUUUAUAAGAGCCUGGAAGUAAGAGAGAUAAGCCUGUGUAGGCCUACUAAGGACGUUGCCACGAAGAAAUGCAAAGAUCCAGAAGAGCCGGAACUUUCGACGUCGCACGUCGCAAUGACUGUUGGCAGUAUGCAAGACCUUGAAGUUACACUUACUGUAACGGCAUACUCGAAUGACGGCAAACCAGUAAGUGUCUCAACAAAAGAACCGGAUGCUACUGUAUCACCAGACAGCACAGGUGUAAACGAGGAUACUUCGCCAAUAUCGACUGUGAUGUCGGGAGAUGUACAGCUGCAUGACGCCAAACAGGAAAGGAAAAAGAAGGGAAAGGGUAAGAAACAUAAGCACCGUGCAGCAAAAGAUUCAAGUACGGAUACCAGCGGCAAAGUUGAACGCCACAAAGGUAAAAAGGACGCACCAUCAAAGGCAACAAAGUUGGACGCAGCGGCCAGUGGUAGUCGCCCGGCACCGUGCGAAGAUGAGUCAACUAGAACGCUGAACGUUACUGUUCCUAGCGAUGCUGCAGCAAGUGCGAGUGGAUACGUUCCCGUCCUAGACACCAACGCAAACACCUUUCCGGUUGCUGUCGCUUCAGAUUCCAAUGGCAACAACACGCAGACGUCAGUGGUUCCUGAAAAUCGUCACGAGACUACAGCACAGGUGCAGCCGGAAUGUUCCCGCACAGCUAACCGAAAAAGUAGAGCGCUUUUCGAAACCGGAUCAUCUAAGAGCACUUGUUUACGACGAACACCUAGUCCCGCAGCUUCUCCUGUCGAUGAGUACGGCGAGCCGUCGAAGAAGCGCUUGGCCAGCAAAAAAAUAGUAGGCGACAGCUCAGGCGUCGUGGGGCGCAAAUUCCUCCAGGAGUCGGCAGAGCAUGACGUUCAUGCUAGUCGAGCGUCUGAUAAACAAGAGCCAGCGUUAAAAAACUAUGGUUGCUCGGUGAAGAGCGCUCCAAAUCCAGCAGCGUUGUUUCCGCCGGGCAAAGAACUGAUAGAUGAGGGUCAAGACGGGAGGCGAUUGGAACAAGGUUCCACGCAAAACAGGGGGCUUCUCCCGCCCUACGCGGUUGUUGAAGACGCUGCCAGAGUGGACAACAUAACCGCCAGCUCGCUUAAUCUGGACCAGCAUGGAGGACAAUCACCCAGGCACAAACGACUUCCAGUCGCGUCCAGGCAACUUCCCUCUUCGUCUAAUAUAACGGAAUCGUCGACUAGAGAAAGGGAUUCAUCCACGUCCACCAGGCAAAGGCCAGCAGCACCACAAGUGGACACCCGCCCCGUUAGCUGGGAAGAAGUUCAGAGCUGUCUGCUGCCUGCCUUCUAUAAAUUCAGCGAUACGGGCACGACUCAUGCAAAGCCUUCCAAAAGUGUCUACGACCUCGGAGAGACAAUAUAAUCGAGACUUUUGAGAGCAGUAUUCCUAAUGUUAAAUAGCCAUUCGUAACCUGGCUUAUUUCUUUUAUGAGGGGACAGCCUCUGCGCUUCUCGCAGAUGAAUUUAUGUAACAAUGAUACAUGGCCACGUACACAUAUUGUCCGGUAUAAGAGAGGAAACAAAUAAAAUUGAUCAUG